CUGAGGUACUUCCGGGUUGUGGGCGGAGCUGUUGUCAGCCGAUCGGCUCGAGACAAGUAACUUAAAACAACUCUUUGAUCCUUUUAGGAAGUUUUACUGCUUGGAAUACUUAACGUCACGUCCUUAUCAGACCUGCGGGUGAGAUGGCAUCUGUAAAAGUGGAGUGCGUUGUGAAGGAGAGCGCUUUGAUUGGUGAAGGGCCAGUGUGGGAGGAGUCAGAGCAGACGUUAAUGUUUGUUGACAUUGCUGGGCAGAAGAUCCACAGAUGGAGUCCAUCAACCAAUCAAAUCCAGUCUUUGGAAACAGGUGGGACAGUGGGCUUUGUGGUUCCACGCAGGUCCGGUGGUUACGUUGCAGGUGUGGGCCGCAGCAUCGUCGCUGUUGAUUGGUCCACACAGAUGAUGACAUCUUUGGUGGCAGUUGACGAAGACAGAACAAACAACCGGCUGAACGACGGAAAGGUCGAUCCAAUUGGACGCCUGCUGGCAGGUACGAUGGGGAAGGAGGAGCAACCCGCUGUGGUUCAGAGACAACAAGGGUCCUUAUUCUCUGUAAACUCUGACCUCAGCGUGACCAAACACCUCAGCCAGCUGGACAUAUCUAACGGGAUGGACUGGUCUUUGGACCAGAAGACGUUUUUCUACAUCGACAGUUUGUCUCUGACAGUCGACGCCUUUGACUAUGACAAAAACAGCGGAGAAAUUGGUAACCGCCGCGUGGUGUAUCGUAUGGAAAAAGGGGAGGGGCUCCCUGAUGGGAUGACAGUCGAUUCUGAUGGUUGUCUCUGGGUGGCCUGUUACAAUGGAGGAAGAGUCAUCAAAAUCGACCCUGUUACUGGUGUGAGGCUUCAGACGGUCUCUCUACCAGUGACGAAGACAACAUCGUGUUGUUUUGGCGGUCCAGACUACUCUGACCUUUACGUGACCUCAGCCUGUCUGGGCCUCGACCAAUCUGGGAGAAGACAACAGCCACUGGCUGGAAGCACCUUCAGGGUGACUGGACUGAGCGUCAAAGGUCAGCCGUCGAAUGCUUUCUCUGGAUGAUCACCUGUCACUGGGCACAUUUUUUUGUAGGAAGUGAUUAAUGAAUUAUUCUUAAUAACUAUUUACAUUUAAUAUAAUGUUGGUUUCUGUAAUGUAUUUGCAGCAUUUUAUGAAGGCAGAUAAAAUGUAUGAGUCAGGAAAAAAAAUAAUUUGUAAAAAUACCACAGAGCUUUGGACAAAUGUCUAUCUUAUAACCUUUACUCUACUAUUUUGUCUUUGUUAAAUUAGUUUUGCUCACUAGUCUCAGCUUCUUUUGUUUGGUAAUUCAAUGUUAAUAGAGCAACAAGACCAGAUACGAUUGUUGGAGUUCUUUGUGCUAAUAAUUAAUCAAGUUUAUUCGAAGCAUCUUAAUGUUGGUUAAAUGUAUUAUAAGCUCAAUAGUUGUCUAUUUUAAGCAAGUUAUUUGUUUAUGUCAAACAAGCAUUUUUUUUUUUAUCGCUGUUUAGUAUCAUCUUCAUAUUAAACUCAACAGAUGUCUUUA